AUGGGUACUACAAUGAAAGAUUGUAAUUAUGACUUGUUGCGCGUAGUGUUUGUAUUAUCGUUUGAAUCCAUCAAAUUGAUUGUAACAUUAUGGAAGCAGUGCGGCUUAUACGAAACAAAUCCAAACACAGUUCAAAUGAAUGCUGCAUUUUGCGUUGAUAACAACGCAACUAAAUUCAAGGUCUCAUGA